CUAGCUAGAAGUCGUCGACGUUUACGUGUAGUCAACUGACUCUUUGUUGUUGUGAGCUGCAGCUGUGCCUUCUAUCGUUGAGGUUUGUGAUGGCUGAAGCUCUUCCCAACCAAAGUGAAGUUGAUUCUCAAAUCGCUACCUUGUCUGCAUUGAUAAAGCUACACAGUAAAAGAAAGCCGCCAUGUUUGGAGUUUGAUCGGCUAGCUAGUUCGUACAACCAAGCUCAAGGAAACUUUUCAAAACACCGAUUGGGCAAAUUCAAGCAAUUUGUUGUAAGACACUUUUGCUAUGACAAUAGUAAAGAUAUUGUGUACGCCCAAAAAAAGGAAGGAACAGUACUUAGAGAUCAAAAAGGAGACUUACUACACUGCCCUAGCAAUCCAUCUGAAAACAACAGCGGUACAAAAGGAAAGGAGCAGACGGUUUGUAAUCUUUCUGCUUUAGCUGCUACUACUGUUACAACUGCUGAUCUUGCUGUGAAAGUAUCUCAAGACAAGAGUCACACAAAUGAAAGUACAGACCAAGAAACGACAGCAAGUGCACGAAUGGGUCCAUCGUUGGAGGUAAUGGACACCUUAACAGAAUUUAGAGACAAACAAAGCGAGGACAUGGCAGUCACUACACAAAGACUUUUAGACAUCGUAGAAAUGGUAAAGCCACUGUUUGAAAAGCUCUUGACAGAGCCAAAAAGAGUGCUACAGAUACAAGAUGAAGCUGACAAACUACCAAAUUGGGACGAAUGGCAAAAAAUGAAGUUUGAAUGCAUGUCCUUUGAUAGAUCAAAAGCCCAGUUUGUCCUAGUCGCGGGAAGAGUGCCUCCUUCUGAGAUUCAGCAUGUUGGUCUUGUUCGCAAAGUGAAGUGGCACUCUAUCAUCGACCUUGACCCUGACUCAGAAACAAAUGGUCUAUUUCGAGCGUUCUCUGGUGAAAAGCAAAGUCACUCCGAGAUGUGGACACCGCACAGAAUUUCAGAAUUCAGGAUCUCGGAACUUGCUUCAACAAUUAACUUUUUACAGCCACCUUGGCUGUUUGCUAGAGGAAGAACUAAAGACUCGCAAGCUAACAAACCGCGGAAAUCUUUUCAGGACUGGUCUGAAAAGUGGAUGGGUCAUAUUGGACGGUUUUUAACCGUAGUUGCCGAGAACCUUGAUAGACACAGACCAGUUGUAACACUUAUUCUACCAUUCGACGGUAAAAUGAACAAUUACAUUAGCACCAUUUUUAGCAGAUUUCAUCAAGAACUCAGUUCGCUUCCACCUUCUUAUGCAAAGCACGUAGUGUUAACGACAGGAGGCGAACCUGAAAUUGAUCUAAAUAUCCACAAUCACGUACAGCAAUUUCAGAUACCUGCAAUCCUUUUCAGCUUUGGAUUGGCUGUCUGCUUGGGAUGUUCGCCCGAACAUUCUAAAACUUUGCCGUCUAGAGUAUCAGGAGCGCCCGUGCCUUUGACAGAAUCUGAUUUUUCGUAUUUUAGUGAGUAUCUUACGCUUUUAUAUGAUGGGUGUGAAAAUGAAGAAUUUGGCGAAAAUCCAGACUGCAUUAGCCACAAACAGCGAAUUGAAAUCAUUGAGAGGCACAGAGAGGCGUUCUUGUCAGGACAAACAAUAUCUUUCAUCAGUCUGAGUAAUGAGCAUGACGCCACGCGAGAUGAUUUGGCAGAACUAUGUGCCAAUCUGCGACGAUAUAUGAUACAACCACGAGUUCCCCCAAGUUCCGUAAUCGAGGUAGUUCAACAACCGGGUACAGGAGGCUCUACUCUAGCCAGACGCACGCUUUGGAAUCUUCGUCAAGAAUUUCCUUGCGCUAUUGUCAACUCCAAUCUUUCUGUGUCCAGUCAAGACGAAGAAGACGCGAGCGUUGACGUUGAAAGUGUCUGCAAAAGAAUUAAAGACUUGGAAGACUUGUGCUUUGCACCUCCGUUAGUUCUCGUUGAUGGAGAAACGUCUGCCUUUCGACGCCCACAUCUUGCUCGAGCAAUUGCUAAAAAAUUAGCCAGCAGAGGCAGCAAGGCUGUCAUUUUGCACUGCGUGCGAGUCGCAGACUCCACAAAUCCUGUAACCAAGCCAUCAAGAUAUGGAAUCAAGCUUAAGUCGAAGCUUAGCAAUCAUGAAAGAGAUCGAUUUAGAGAGAAAUACCACAGUAGCCAUCUAACAGCUAGUGAAAUGUCCUCGUUUACACGAUCACAUCAUUUCCCUUUGUAUGCUUUUCUUGAAGAAUUCAGAGAAAAAAUGAAAGGCAUCGUUGCAAGAAUUGUAGACGAAUUAAACGAGGUCGAAACGGCAAUCAUUCGCUUUGUAGCUUUAAUGCAAAAGUAUGCUGCGCAAUCCGUGCCUCUAUCUUUGAUCUUCGACCUGUUUCUCAAGGAAAUGUGGACAGAUCCUGCAGCGAGUUCUGAUGGUGAUAACGAUUUCAUUCCCAUUUAUGACGCGAUAUAUAGUUCUUUCACUGACGAUUUACGCGUACUAUUAGUGCAAAGUGGAAACAGAAGAAUCCGAGACGAAAUCUACGGAAUGUGCAAUUUGCAACACGUCAGCGUAGCUGAAAUAGUACUGAAAAAGCUCUUUGGAGAUUCUAAGUACUACGAAAUUCUAAACCAGUAUUUGAAUGAGUUGAUUGGUAUCGGCAACUUAAAAGCGGUUGCAAGAAAUCACGGGCAACUGUUCGAAGACCUGCUUCUGCACAACAAAGGCAAUAAUCCUAAAUUAAGUUUCUCAGUGUUAGUUGAAGAACUGAAACGAAAGUUGGCAUCAAACGAAGUCGUUGGAAAGUUGCUGGAAAGUGCUGCAUCUGUGUUCCCAAGUCCAAGAUUCUACUCGCACGUUGCUAGGUAUUACCUUUACAGCAAACCUCGUAAUUUUUCAUUGGCACAACAAAUGGUUACUACUGGCUUUCGUUGCAAAAGGUCCAAUGAAUCAGAUUUAAUCUUGCAUGAAAUGAAUGGAUUAAUUGGAAGAAUACGACUAUCCGACAUGGUUGAUAAUGAAACUAUUUCCUCCAUUCAACAACUUGAAUCUCUCGCGUCGAAGGCACUAGAAGACUACAGCUCGGCUAUUACUAGCCCUCCGUCCAAACCGGAUCCUUUAGUUGGUAAAGUGCAGGUGUGGAUCAAGUGCUUAGAAUGGAUAGAAAAGGUGCAAUGCGACGGAAGGGUCGUGAAUGUUUUGCGGUACCUCAGUACAGAAGCUCGAGAAUUCUUCCGUAACAUCAUAAGCGAUGCUUUCUACCAUCUAGAACUUAUUGAAAACGUUGUUGCAGCCCACACUGUACAUAAUGAAGACUACACCUUGAUGAAAGUCAAUGAAUGCAAAGACCAGUUGCUGUUUGUUAAAGCAAAGUCAAGAGCCCGAACUGGUAACCGCAUGCCUCACCGGCAUACCAACCAACUAGUAGCUGAGUGUGAGCAGCUAUCUAGAGACUCCACAUUAGCUAGCUUCUCUACAGUUGAAUUGAAACGUUUGAAGGUACACUAUUUUCUAAACAGAAGCGAAAACGAGGUCAAGCUGGAGCAGCUUAAGCCAGACGAAAUUCGGUAUCUAUAUCACCUACUACGAGAGCUUGUUAAUGAAGACGAAGAAUACAUCUUUGUUCUAAAGUUGUUUCGUGUCGCUACAUAUUUACCUCCAGACGCAUCACUGUCAUUGGAUGAAGCUAUUAGGAUCGUACGAGCCUGGCAGUCGAACUCGCCAUUCGAUGAUCCGUAUGUCCACUUCUGCUUCUACGUAUUAUACUUCCUAAAAGUUCUAUACGGGAGCGGAGUAGAGUAUGGGGCUAAAUACGAAGCAGCUCUAAAGAAAUGUUUAGAAAAAUCUCGGUCUUUCAAUAACAGACUGAAAAAAAUUUUCUACCUUGGACAGGGUACUAGCGACUCGGGAUUAUCCGUCCUUAGGGAAAGAGCUGCUGGCAUAUCUAGUCUUGUAGACGGAGAAACUGCCAAGAACGGCAACGAGGACUACUUUUGGCAGCAAACCAGUAGAAAGACAUUGCAAGAACUAGAGGGAAGGAUCAAACGAAAAGAUCGAGGUAUCUAUAGUCGACACAGAAAUAACAUGCAAAAUCCUGCAGUUUUCUUCGAGUUGGUAAAAAAUGGUCUUCACAUUGAUGCUGGUCGUAAUCAAAUGCAUCAAGUUGGAGACUUGGGAAGAGACUAUGAAAUCGAUCAGCUUGCCAAGUUUGUCGUUGGAUUUAAUCUGAGAGGCCCGCAGGCCCACGGGAUUGUUGUUUAGACUAGUAACACAUGUACAGACACAUCGUAUCGCUUGCUUGGGACGGUAUGUCUAGAAAGAGUAUUAUCAUUGUAAGGUGACUUUAUAUAGAAAGUUACAGUAGAUGCUAACGUUGGGAUUUUACGUAGGUAUAGCGGAUAUUUAUGUAACGCAUGGUUUGUUUGUUGGACAGCGCUGAUGCUAUUUCAGUUUAAUCGCAGUUCAUAUUAUAGCUAAUAC